AUGUUGCUAAGACCUGUUUGGAUUUUAGCUGCCCUAAACUUAUUGACAGUAACCUGUAUACAGAUAGGUGACCUCACAUGUUCUGGGGACGGUUCGGAAAUCGAAAUAGCAAUUGAUGGCUUCGACCCAAGGGGAUUUAGAUUUCCAGUAAGUGGAACAUUCGGAUUUCCUCCAACAACGAACUGCAAAUGGAAAUUCAUUACAGAAGCAGGUCUCAGAUUUAUUGUGGGAGUUACGGAUACAGUCAAGGAUACAGGAGAUGAAAUCAAAUUUGAAGAUACAAAUGGUGACGCUUUGCCAACUUCAGAAAUAGAAGUUGGAGUGAGAAAAGGUAUACGACCCGUUGUCUCUACAGGAAACAGCGUUUCCGUUCAGUUAAUAACAGAUGAUACCACAAAUAAUGAAGAAAUGUACAUCUAUGUUAUUGCUGGGACUGAUUCUGGACACUUUCAUGGCUGUUCGUUGAUAUCUGCUACAGAUGACUACCAGAUAAUAACCUCACCUAACUUUCCAAACAAUUACAUUUCAAAUUAUUUUUGUGAAGUAACAGUAACUGCCGAUGAAAAUAAAACACUAUCAUAUUUAAUACUUUAUGAAGAAUUUGAAGGCGUUACCACUUUAGAUGGAUGUUCUCAUAUUUUGGAAGUGUUUGAUGGAUCGACACUUGAGAAGAAAAUCUUUGACACUUGCAAUCCCUUUUUACCGCGGAGAUUGUCUGAUGUGAAAACUACGGAUGUUGGGAGGAGUCUAACGGUUCGAUUUGAAUCAGAUUCCAGUUCAGAAUAUCGGGGAUUUGUGCUUCUUUUCAAACAACAAGAUAUUGAUGAAUGCCUAGAAAGAGACUGCAAUCCAAACAAUGCAUGUGUUGUUCCUGACAGAUUCUACGAAUGCGAGUGCAACAGAAAUGAUGCAUCAUGCACAGAAAAACGAUAUCUUUCUUGUCCAAACGAUGGAUCAGAAAUCGUUAUAAACGUACCUGAGUUUGAGUCACAGUCGUUUUUAUUUCCGCCGCCAGAAUCCGAUGGAUUUCCUAGUUCUAUUACUUGCACGUGGAUAUUUAUUGGAGAGGAAGGGUCGAGACUUUUUAUCAUAGUUGACGAUAUCACCUUUACAGGACCAGCAACUCUUGAACUAAAAAAUGACGACGGCGGUGGAACGUCGAUUUCUGGUCCCAUCAACGACUUUCAAGCCGAUGUACUGUCUAACAGUGAGUCAGUGACAGUCACAUUGACAACAGAUACCAUUCCCAGCAAUACGAAGACCUUUAGGCUAUCACUUAUCAGCGGCAGAGAUUCAGGAACAUGUCCUGGAGUAACUAGCUUACAGGCUUCAGAUGACUUCAAAACAAUCACUUCAAACUUCCCUGACUACUAUGGAAGCAAUGAAGAAUGCGAUAUAACCAUAACAGCUGACGAGGGAAUGGUCAUCGUCUUUUCUCUUGUCUUUGCUCAAGUGAUUGGUUAUAGAUCUGUCUGUUUUGAUUAUAUCACUGUGCUUGGAGAAAAUGAAUUGUACCGUAGCUGCGAUCCUUUUCAAAGUGCAAUAAACAGUCAAACAACGGGAAACAACCUUCGUAUCAGACUUAUAGCUGGCCCCAUCGUAAGGGAACAUGGAUUUGUGUUAGUUUUUAAACAAAAAGCUCAAGAAGAAUGCAACCUAAACACUACAAAAGUCUGUGACAGUAACGCCGAAUGCAUAAGAAUUAAUGGGUCGUUUGAGUGUCAGUGCAAUGAUGGAUUUGUUGGCAGUGGAUUUGAGUGUGAAGGAUUUUCCACGACAGUUUCUGCUCCAACAAAAUCAAAGAAGAAGAUCUUGCUGCCUCUCUACCUAGCUUGGUCAUUUGGUUCAACUGUCAGUGGCGCAGCGCUCCUGUUGCUUCUGUAUAAGAUGGCUGACACAAGAAAACCUGGCACUGGGUGACUGCCACGUUGUGUACUUUUGUGCUUAUUUUUAUGAUAAAUAGAUCAAAGGCAUUUUCUGUGUUGUUAGUUUUUCCUUAAUACGUCAAAAUGUCAUCGUUGUAAGCCUACAGCAACCUUAAACACCAGCCCUGAUUGUUUUCGCUAGCUUUGUAUCGGUAUGCACAAUUUCGAUAUGCACCUUUAUUCUUUCAUAAUGAAUCUCAUCCGCUUGUAUAUCCACAUUUAUAGUUUUAUACUUUCAAAACAGAGAGCUUCCCUUUUUACAAAUUGAUUGUGAAUAAUGUAUAUUUAUGAUGGUGAUCAAAAGUUUAUUUUGAGUAUUGUAAGUGAUUAUAUCAACUUAUUAAAAUUUCUUAUUGCUUUAGGAUAAAUUUUAUUAGCCCUGCCGUAUUU